AACGUGUCAGUCUGCAUUACGCAUUCAUCGAGUCAUCAUGUUUUUUCACUUAUUCACCCCUGCUCAUGUAUCUUAUUUAAGUCAGCGUUCCACCGAACAAUCAGUCGGUGCUGACGCAUAGGACUUAUCGGAACUGACGCAGCAAUGUUCGUCUACCUGUCGGUGUUUGGCACGAUAGUGUUCGCAAUCGUGGAAUCGAGUUCAAAUUUCAUCGCAAGGCCGUGCCUAAAAGGUUUCCAGGAUUUUAUGUGCCCAACACCACCAACCGCUUUGGAAGUGUACUUUCCACAUGAAGUGUAUUGCAACCGUUACUACAAAUGCCUCUACGGCGUGGCACAUUCCAUGAAUUGUCCACCGGGUACCUAUUUCAACCAAUACGACAAUGUUUGCAGCCGCGAUAAGGCUUGCUGUCGCCGGGUGAAGCCGUGCAAUGUCCGAGUGCCGAACUGUUUGAGUUGCUCCAAUUAUUUCGUAACAUUAUCGCAAAAUUCGGUUGAGUUCGGGGUGUGCAACUAUGACGGGACUGCCACUAAGUAUAAGUGUCCGGAAGCUUUCGAUCCUUUUACCAAACAAUAUGUACCAAUGGAAUUCUACAACGGGAGGUGCGAGGCCAACGGCUGUUUACAGCCGGUCACUUGUGGUCCUAAGCCAGUUACGACGACUGCGAAGCCAACAACUACAACUACUUCAUCAACGACCACAACAACUACGCAAUCAACUACGACGACCCAAAAGCCAACUACAACGACGACUGAGACUACGACAACGACAACUCCGAUAACGACCACUUCGACAACGACCGAGCAACCAACUACGACAACAACCGAGUCUACCGCAGUGACGACAACCGAUGAACCAGUCACAACGACAACAGAGGACACAUCGACUGUAACGAGCACCUCGACAACUACAACCGAAACUACGCCGAUAACCGUAGACCUAAUGCCAUCGACAACUACUGAAACAUCAACAACGACAACCACCGAUGCAACCACGACCACUAAGAAAAAAGAACAAGAAUUCCCUACCAGCUACACUCUGGAAUAUUUUAUAAAAAAUAGUUCAGUUUGACAUAUUCCUGAGUAGAUUAGGUUUAAUUUGUACCGUAUUCAAGACUAUCGGCAAUCAUCGUAAAUGGGAGGUCUUGAAUAACAUUUAUUUAGCAUAAUUAGAAAUAGAACAAUAUGAAACAAAA